UUGAAACAUUUCAUUUAAAAUCAAAGACAAAAAAUAAACAGAAUUUUUACUUGUUUGCACUUUGCGCCCGGUUUCUUCCUUUUCCGGUUUCAGGCCAUAACAGACAGGGCCGUCAAGAUGAAGUUUAAUAAGAUGUCAUCGUCUUCACGACGCAAGAACAGGAAGCGUCACUUCAAUGCUCCGUCUCAUGUGAGAAGGAAGCUGAUGAGUGCUCCUCUGUCUAAAGAACUUAAACAGAAAUACAGUGUUAGGUCUAUUCCAAUCCGAAAGGAUGAUGAAGUGCAGGUUGUUCGUGGACAUUACAAAGGUCAGCAGGUGGGCAAAAUUGUGUCUUGUUACAGAAAGAAGUUUGUUGUAUAUAUUGAGAGAAUACAGAGGGAGAAGGCUAAUGGUGCAUCUGUAAAUGUGGGCAUCCACCCAUCAAAGGUGGUUAUUGUAAAACUAAAAAUGGACAAGGACCGUAAGAAGAUCCUCGAGCGCAAAGCUCGCUCCAGACAGGCAGCAGACAAAGGCAAACACACAGAAGAAUCCAUUAUGGAGACGUCAUAGUCAUCAGCUUUUGCUUUGUAAUUGUGCUGGAAAUAAAGAGAAAAACACA